GGCACUGUUUUCUCUUAUCAGCUGAUUGGUUGCUCUUAACAAUAUUCUCGCAACAGACUAAUACUGAAUACAAAGGUUCAAUAAAUAUUUUUAUUCAACGCCUAUAAACGACCGACUUUAAAGAUAAAUAGAAGUCAUUCAAGCCACAAUUAUGGAAAAAGUUUUUGUAAAAUAAUGCUACGAGUUUAUCAAAAAGCUGCUUAUUUGCAUAAGAGGAUACAAUAAUGAAAAAAAAUAUAAAUCAAUAAGUUACUUAAGAAAACACCACACUAAGAGAAGUCUCGAAUACUAUAUAAAAUUCAAGCAAUUUAAUUUCCAGUAAAUUUUUUUAAAGCUUAUUUAUGUAUUUUGCAAAAUAUGCAAUGAUAACAAUGGCCAACAGAAAAGCACAAACAUUAGUUCCGGAGAAACUUGCUUCAUAUAUAUAUAACUACUAAGAAAAAAAAAUAAAAACACGAUAAAGAAAACAUUUGAAAAUAUUAAGUGAUACAAAAAGUAAAUGUUAUUAUCAAUAGCAACAAGAACCUGAAAUAUUGAAUGUGAUGUGAUUGAAAACGUACUUCGUGCCCUUUAGUAUUAAACGACAAAUUCAAUUCAUCGGAAAAUUUAUCACACGAAAGUAAUUCGCAAUGAGCAUAAUAUGGCGAGAAUUAUUUCCUACGAAAACUACACUUAUGAUAUUCAUACUCUACAUGUCUUUAUUUAUAGGACAAGGCAUCUUUGUUACUGCUUCUCAAGAACAAAAUAACUCUUAUAGCUACAAUACAGUCACAGUGGUUCUUCUAACGGAAAUUUUGAAGCUAUUCAUAUCUAUAACGUUGUAUUGUAAAGAGCAUCAUUUAACUUCAUUACUUGCCGAUAUGCGAAAAGAUUCCAAUGUUAUGUUGCUCUACUGUGUGCCAGCAUUCCUCUAUUGCUUAUACAACAAUUUGUCCUUUGUCAAUUUAGCGACGUUCGAUCCAACUACAUAUUAUUUAUUAUUACAACUAAGAGUUGUAAUCACCGGAUUGCUAUUUCAGAUUAUUUUUAAAAACUAUUUAAGUCGAAGGCAGUGGCUGUCAUUGGUACUUCUUACAAUCGGUUGUAUGUUAAAAGAGUUGAAUUUCAACUCGUUCCUCACUAAUGUUAACGAUGAUAGUGGAAUCUUGGCCGCCCAGCCGCAAUCGCUACUCUCUACAAACAAUAGCGUAAAUUCAAGGAUGGCGAACAAAAAUAUAAGCGGUUUUUCUCUUAAUUUUAGUGCUCUGUUAAUUUUGGGUCAAAUCAUAUUUUCUUGCCUGGCUGGCGUUUACAACGAAUAUUUACUUAAGGAUAAGGGCGUCGAAGUGAACAUAUUUGUACAGAAUGUUUUUAUGUACGUAGAUUCGAUAGCCUGCAAUGUUUUCAUAUUACUUUUACAAGGCCAGCUACUUGCCGCCUUUACAUUAAAUAAUUUAGAAGCUAUAUUUCGCUUUAAAGUGUUGAUAAUUGUAGUGAAUAAUGCCGCAAUUGGUUUGGUAACUAGUUUCUUUUUAAAAUACAUGAAUUCAAUACUUAAAUCAUUUGCGAGCGCCUUGGAAUUAUUAUUCACUGCAAUAUUGUGUUAUUUUCUAUUUAAUAUACCGAUUUAUAUAAAUACAGCUUUAGCCAUCGCCGUAGUAUCAUUUGCCAUCUAUUUGUAUUCACAAAGUCCAGUAGUAAACACGGGUAAACUAAGGUCCACGCAAAAACGAAGUGAGUUAAUAACGACACUUGCAUAUGAUAAUAGAAAAUUAUUAGAAUCCGAAGGUGACAGCGACUUGGAAAUGGACAUAGUUUAGUGUUUAAUAUUAUAACCAAACGAUAUUUUAUAAACUAAGAUGUAAGUUAUACCUAUGUUUUUAUUUAUAAUUCAUUUCUUUUUCAAAUAAUUUUUGCAUUAUGUACAUAAGCAUUAAAUCAUAACCAAAGUAUUUAUUUAUAAAGUAUAAAAAAGCAAAUAAUCACUUGCAUAUAUAUAUAUAUAUUGCAUAUGUAUAUAUGGCUGAACGAUGUCAAUUUUAUAAAAAUGUAAAUCAUUUUGCAUUAAACGUAAAUGUUCACAAAUAUGUCUGUUACUUUCAUCGAUUAGUACGGUUAACUAAACUAAACUA